UUGUUGAAAUAUUGCGCCCCUAAGAGGAUUUUGGCGAAGUCGCAGUAUCCUACACACCCCCAGCAUUUGUUGUUUACUUCAACAUCCAUGACAGGAAAAAACCAGCAAUGUGGUUUUAGGAUCCCUUGGAUCACAGGUCCUUCCACUGAAUCUCAUUCUCCUCCAAAACGAAAAUCAAAAUCUCGACCACCGUUUCGUCCUCCUGGAAUAGCCUCUACCCAAUCACGGCCUCCUCCAAAAACUAAACCUCAACAAGUCUCGGAUUCUCUUCCAUCAUCACACUCACCAGCACCUUCUGUCACCAUUGAUUCGCCACCAUCAACUCCAACACCUUCGAACCCAAAUGCGAAGGAAUUUGAGUUGGAUACUACUCCUACUCAGAAUUUCAACGCCCCUUUGGAAAUACCAACCGAACCCCACCACCCUAAAUCCAACGCCAACCCCAUAGAGAGAAAGAUGAUGUUUUCCACCUCGACUCCUAGCGCGAAAGACACGAAGCUCGUGGCAUCAGCUUCAACAUCAGCAAAUCCAACGAGCAGGAACGUUUCAACUAUAUCAUUAUCCGACGAGGAAAAUCCCGCCAAGGAUGAUGGUGAUGAUGAUGACAUUUCAGCUCUCAACCCGACACUGAACGUGGACGACAAAACGGUGAGUGUGGUAACUCUGGCCGGUGACAACAGAGGAGUGACAAUGCACGUGGCGGGUUCUCACUCAACUAGGCCCAAUCCCGAAGGGAAGAAGAGCACAUCCACGGAGAAAGACGAAGCGGGUAAGACAUACGUUAACAGUAACAUUCAGAGCAUCAACAAUUCGAUCAUGUCCCAUGGCACCAUCACUGGAAGAGACCCUGGUGUUCGUGUUAUUCUCCCUGAUGUGAAAGAACCGUGCUUGGAAAAACCCAAGGCCGAAAUGAGCAUAAACCGGGUUGAGAGGGUCCCUUACAGGCCCGUGGUUCGAAGAAGAUGUCUGAGGGGACUUUUUCUUGAACCGAGUGACUCCGAACCUGAUAACCCUCACAAACCUCGCCGCCAUGGUUGUAAGUUUAGAUGUGGGGACAAUUCAAAUGAUAAGGACUCUGCAAUGGGAUAAGAAAAAACAGAGUCUUGUUUACGUGGUACCGUUCCAAGAUUUUUGUGUUGGAAUUUCGUGUCUAUAACACGCGUUAUUUGUGCUGUGAUUUUUAAUUGUAUAUUUGUUUAUUGGGGUAACUCGCAAUGACCGUUCAUUGAGCCGUUAACAAUUUGUUUU